AUGCCCAGCACAGCCAUGUGCUUGCAUAUUAGUGUCAGAAACAAUAAAAAUGGAAUAUCAGAUGAAAUAAAAUGGAAUAACAACGCUAACGGCGAUCGAAGAGACGAUUCGGACGGAUCAACCGAUGAUGGAUUGUGCGAGGCCAAGCCUUCAUUUAUGUUAGGACAGGCUGCAACAUUACAUCAAGAUCUGAUGCCAUAUGGUAGCCAGUUUCCACCAGGAAUUAAUUUGCCCUAUGGUCCUCAUCCACAAAUGCAAUAUCUACCAACAGCAGAUGUUAUUCAUAUGAGCAAUUAUCAAGCUUUAUGA